AUCGUGCUAAACACUCUUCUUGGCACAGGACACGCAGUGGUGAAUGAAAUCGACAAGCCAACUGCAAAAACUGCGUUCUGAUAAAACAACUGGGGUGGUGGGGCUGGGGAACAGUCCCGGGUGAUCAAGGAAAGCCAAUCAUCAGAUGUGACUUUGGAGCAGGGCUGUUUCUCCCAUCCACAGUGGCGGUGCUGGGUAUUGGGUGCGUGGAGAUGGCUGAGGUCCAGGCUUUGCCCCUGAUGAAUUCUUCCCCACCCCCAAGCCCAUGCGGCCCAAUCCACUUCCCCCUCACAAAAGUUUGGACUCGAGGCCAUAGGUGAGAAUGCCCGAGGCCGGGAGAUGGCCACCCAGGAGAAUGACCUUGGGCACGGGGAUCUACUGGAGACGCAGUUUUAGAGGUUGAGACUUGAGUUCAGAUCCCCCCUCCGUUUUCUCCUGACCUUCGGCAGCAGACAACUCCACACGCAGUGAGUGACGGGUGUGGGCCUGGAGCCAAAUCUGACCCCUCCGUUCCCCGGCUCUAACCUUGGGCAAGUUUCUGAAGGCUGUCCCCUGCCAUUUCCAUGGCAGCCCUCUUAAGGUGAUGUAGAGUGUCCCUUUGAGUUAAUAAGAUAAAAAUUAGUGCUGAGUGCUCUUUAUUUAUUUUUUUAAAACAUUUUACUUAUUUAUUUUGACAGAGAGAGAGAGCAAGAGAGGGAACACAAGCAGGGGGAGUGGCAGAGGGAGAAGCAGGUUUUCCGCUGAGCAGAGAGCCCGAUAUGGGGCUCGAUCCCAGGACCCUGGGAUCAUGACCAGAGCCGAAGGCAGAUGCUUAACAACUGAGCCAUCCAGGUGCCCCCCUGAGUGCUCUAAAUAACUUAGCUUUCCUGGUCCCUGUUUUAGUAAGGCGAGGCUCUUAGAAGAGAAAUCGCUCGGUCCAGGUCACCCAGUCAGGAAGUGGCUUGUGAAGAUAAAUAGGGAUUAUAGUAGAGCAUUGCAAGCCAUAAGCCCCAGCAUAAAAUACUUGGUUCUUGAGAGUAGGGGCUGUUCCUGGCGAUCAAAAGGCUGCCUUGUUCUGUCCUUGAGCACAGGAAAUUCCAAGGUAGUUUCUGUACUAGCUCCCUGUUUUUUGUUCUUGGAGGGGCAGUGGAGGGGCCCAGGUACCCAAGCAGCCUCAAGAGAAGAUGGAAUUAAAUAUCUCAGCCUGCCUGUCUGGGCCUCUGAUUGUUGAGGGGGCUGGGGGUGGCUGUCACUUGGAGUGGCCUGGGCUGCUUUGGGCCUAUCUGGGUGUUUCCUUGGGCAGGCAGCCCUCACCCUGUCCUUGAAAUGGUUCUGGCUGGGUAGCAGCCUCUAGGUGUUGUGGGCGAAAUUUGGGACUGGUUAAGGGCGGAGACAGGACUGAGAACACAGGUUUCCUUGUGUUGCUGGAGAGAGGGAGGGCAGAAGGAAAUUGGAGACCCCAUUUCCCCCUCAGUCACUCUCUUGCUUGGAGUCCACGAUGGCUGGGUUGCCAGUGUUCCUCGGUGUCCUCAUUUUGCUGUCUGCCUUCCCGGGGCCUAGUGUCGGGGGCCACACCAUGCCCAAGCUGGCUGACCGCAAGCUGUGUGCUGAUGAGGAAUGCAGCUACCCCAUCUCCAUGGCCGUGGCCCUUCAGGACUACGUGGCCCCCGACUGCCGUUUCCUGACCAUACACAGGGGCCAAGUCGUGUAUGUCUUCUCCAAGCUGAAGGGCCGAGGGCGGCUCUUCUGGGGAGGCAGUGUUCAGGGAGAUUACUAUGGAGAUUUAGCUGCUCGCCUGGGCUAUUUCCCCAGUAGCGUUGUACGUGAGGACCAGACCCUGAAACCUGGCAAAAUCGAUGUGAAGACAGAUAAGUGGGAUUUCUACUGCCAGUGAGCACAGCCUACCACUGUUCCUGCUGUUUUUUUCUUCCAGGCUUUAUGCAAAUAUAUCAGCCAAGUGCAAAAUGCGGGUCUCUGUGGUCUUUAUGGGGGGGGGGGGGGCGGAAGGAGGUGUAACAAAGGAAAUGUUUCCCCAGGUUCCUGAAUUUAGCCAGUCAGCCCCCUGACUGUGGUAACGUCAGUGGUUGCUAGGCAGAGUUCCACUGACUAAAAGCUCUUUGCUCCAUGCUGGGUACCGCAGGUGGGCUCCUAAGCUUAGAUAUCACACACAAACAAAUGAGAAGGCGGAAUAACCCAAACAGCCCGGUUGCGGGUUUUAGUGU